AUGUCCAACUUUGACCCUCACAAUGUCGACCUCGACACUGUAGACCCCACUCAAAUAAUCUGUUACAUCAAUAGCGAAGGCAACCAAUACGACGGCCGCCUAGGCGCCCGCAUCUCCGCCAUCUUCGUCAUUCUAAUCAUCUCCUCUGCCACGACAUUCUUCCCCGUCCUCGCCAAACGGGCCCCCCGUCUCCGCAUCCCAUUAUACGUCUACCUCUUCGCCAAAUACUUCGGUGCAGGCGUCAUCAUCGCAACAGCCUUCAUCCACCUCCUCGACCCGGCCUACGGUGAAAUUGGCCCAGCCUCCUGCGUAGGCAUGACCGGCCACUGGGCCGAUUACUCCUGGUGCCCGGCCAUCGUCCUCACGUCCCUGAUGAUGGUAUUCCUGCUCGACUUCGGUGCCGAGCGCUACGUCGAGAAGAAAUACGGUCUCUGCCGCGAUGACCCAGAGCCAAUCAUGGCUUCCGGCGUGGAAGUAAACCACCUGGGUCUACGCAGAUCAAACUCAAACUCGCAUUCCCACUCUACAUCCGCGCUCGACUCAAAGGACAAACAAGCCAAAGAAGUCGAAGCCCAAUCCCUGGACGAAGGCCAACUCGAACGCUCCUUCCGCCAACAAAUCGCCGCCUUCCUCAUCCUCGAAUUCGGCGUCAUCUUUCACUCCGUCAUCAUUGGGCUCAAUCUCGGCGUGGCAGGCGACGAAUUCGCUACGCUCUACCCAGUCCUCGUCUUCCACCAGUCCUUCGAGGGUCUCGGUAUCGGCGCGCGAAUGAGUUCCAUCCCCUUCAGGAAGGGGAGUUGGUUACCCUGGGCUCUGUGCACGGCGUAUGGUCUGACAACCCCGAUUUCCAUUGCGAUUGGGCUGGGUCUGCGGACGACGUAUAACCCGGGCUCGUUUACGGCGAAUGUGGUUUCGGGAGUGUUGGAUUCGAUUUCGGCGGGUAUUUUGAUUUAUACCGGGCUUGUGGAGCUGCUGGCGAGGGAUUUCUUGUUUGAUCCGCAUCGGACUAGGGAUGAUAAGAGGUUGGCUUUUAUGGUUGUUUCGUUGUUGUUGGGGGCUGGUAUUAUGGCGCUGUUGGGGAAGUGGGCGUAG